AGAACGAGGGGGUGGCACUGCACAAAAAUAGAGCUAAAGGAACAUCAAAGAUGCAAGACAAAAGGGAUUCUCUAUAACCUUUCUUCCUUUUUGCACCUUUGACUUUGCACUUACUGCAAGCGUAGGUGAUGUUGCACGAGCGAUAAUGAGCGAUAGAUCGGGCAAAGAGGCAGAGAUCGAGAUUUGGACCGAGAAUAAGGAGGGGAGGGGGGAUUUAAAGGGAAAGAAACGGAGGGAGAUUUAGAUAGAGCCUACAGAGUAAGUGUGAGGGAAGAGAGCCAGCGCAGAGAAGGAGCAGAGGCAGUGGAUGGGAGAAGAGAAGAGGAGAGGCAUUGACUGGAAGCAUACACAUGGAAGAGAGAAGAAAACGGCUAUUUCAUGUGUUCACUGUGCAUGACUGAAGAGUGCGGCUGUCUGACUGGAUUGUUAGUCAUCUGCUGCCCCACAACUAGAGGACGUACAAAAAGCACACAGGCAGGCUGGGAAUACAGAGCUGUGUGCAGAGGAUGAACAGGCGGUGUGGGCUCGCUGGCUGUGAUCGCUGUCCUCAGACCCCAUAGCCUCUUCCACUGGUGCUGUUGCAGGCCGUUAGCCUUGCAGUUAGACAGCAACAGUCAUAAAUACAGAAUGAGCUCCAAGCACUCCUCCGACUGGAUUCCCUACAGCACUUUAGAUGAUGAGGGCACCAACCUCCGCCAGCAGAAACUGGACAGACAGCGAGCACUCCUUGAACAGAAGCAGAAGAAGAAGAGGCAAGAGCCCCUGAUGGUCCAGUCUAAUGUGGAUGGGAGAUCACGGACCCGUCGGACCAAGCAAAGUGAGGAACAGGCUCCACUGGUGGAAUCCUACCUCAGCAGCAACAGCAGCACUAUCUACCAUGUGCAAGAAGCUGAACAGGAAGAGGUGAAGGUGAUGUCGGAUCCACAGCCACCACGCUCAGCCAAAAAGGGCAAAGCAUCAGCCAGUUCCACUCCACAGACAGGCAGUGAAAAGAAGGAGAGGAAGGGGAAACACAAAGCAGCGAUCGAUGGCCUGGCUUCCCAGCAGGAUGACAGUCAGAUCCAGAUCCUGACAGUGGGUCACCCCACCUCAGAGGAGGCCGAGGCAGAGCCUGUGAUGAGCUGCACUCAGUCUCAGAGUAAACAGGAUCUUCGCGUGACCAUGCUCAAAAAAGGUAUAUCGAGCAGCAUGAAUUUUGAUGAAGAGGAGGAUGAUGAUGAUGAAAUUAGCUCCAGUUCUUCACAGCUCAACAGCAACACAAGACCAGGCUCUGCCACUAGUAAAAAGUCAUGCAAGGAGGUGGCCUCAGCACCCACUCCACCAGUCAGUGAACCUGCCAUUGAUGUUGAUGACCUUGAGGAGUUUUCUCUGCGCCCAGCACCACAGGGGGUCAGAGUGAAGUGCAGAAUCACCAGGGACAAAAAGGGCAUGGACAGAGGCAUGUAUCCGACCUACUAUCUCCACCUGGAGAGAGAGGAUGGCAAGAAGGUGUUCCUGUUAGCUGGGAGAAAGAGGAAAAAGAGUAAAACAUCAAAUUACCUCAUCUCCAUUGAUCCAACUGAUCUGUCUCGAGGUGGAGAGAGUUUUAUUGGCAAACUGAGAUCAAACCUCAUGGGAACUAAGUUCACUGUAUAUGACAACGGUCUGAACCCUAUGAAGAGCACCACCAGCCUCGAAGCUAGCAACUUGCGUCAAGAGCUAGCAGCCAUUUGCUAUGAAACCAAUGUCUUAGGAUUUAAAGGGCCUCGAAAAAUGAGUGUCAUCAUUCCUGGAAUGAACAUGGACCACGAGAGAGUGUCUAUUCGGCCACGAAAUGAUCAUGAGUCACUGCUGGCCAGGUGGCAGAACAAGAACACAGAGAGCGUGAUUGAACUUCACAACAAGACGCCUGUGUGGAAUGAUGACACACAGUCCUACGUGCUCAACUUCCACGGCAGAGUCACUCAGGCUUCCGUUAAGAAUUUCCAAAUUAUUCACGACAAUGACCCUGACUAUAUUGUGAUGCAGUUUGGCCGUGUGGCAGAGGAUGUGUUCACCAUGGACUAUAACUACCCAAUGUGUGCCCUGCAAGCCUUUGCCAUUGCCCUCUCCAGCUUUGACAGCAAGUUAGCGUGUGAAUAGACUCCAGCCUGAAGUUCAGUGGAUAACUACUCCUCCUGUUGUCUCAACAAGGGCUGCUUAUGUAUCACUGGGGCUGAUUUGAGAUCACUCGUUACCUUGGAAGUCCCACGUAUCCUGAAAUGCUUUAUGGGACUUAAAUUAUGUGUACGUAUGUGUGUGGGGGUGGGGUGGGACCUCAGGAUGGUGUUUGUCAGUGGAAGAAAACAAGCACAAAGAGUAAUCCACUUUCCAAAUCAGAUUCAUUUGUUUUGAUAACUAUAGUCAUUUUGUACUGCAAUGGCAUUAUAAAUAUGUUUCUUUAUGUAGUAGUUCUAGUAAUUUAACAUUUCUUUAUCUGUAAACUAUAACUAACCGUUAUGCAUCAGUAAGUUUAAAAAAAAAGUUGACUGGGUUUAUGUAGUCUACCAACACAAAGUCACACGCUUCCUCGAGCAUGGAUACUGCUUAUAUACUUACUGAAUUAAUAAUAACAUGCACGUCACAAUGUAUUUAUUUUAUUGACAUAUUUAUUACCUGCUCAUUUUAUGUUCUCUGCUGUCAUUUGCAACAAAUUCUGCUGUAAUCGCUCCACGGAACUGCAAGCACAUUAAAUGUCAUGAUAGGAAGAUCACUUGUAUCCACAGUAAAAAAAAAAAAAAUUAGAGGUUUGAAAAGGGGAAAGGCAUGUUACACAGUGCUGUGUAUCAUAUACAAUAUUGUGUCACAGUGUCAUAUACGUGAAUGUAUAGGAUGAUGGUGCACUUUACUUUGAAGUCUGUGGUGGAUGAGCUAUAGCUGUACAUACUUUAUUGUGCCUUUGAAGACUAAUUCCAGUGUUACAUCUUGGCCGUAAAUUGAGCUGAGCUUGAAUUGGUCUUUGCGUUUUUUGCUUUCCUCACAUACACCGAGAGGAUUUCUCUGUAGCUACUUAGAAUUAUUUUUCUUUAAUUAAAGUUCAUUUCGACUGAAAAACAAUGCCUGGGGUUGCACAACAUUCAGAAGAUAAUAUUCCAAAGUGUGCAUCUUAAGAUUUAAGAACAUGUUGCACUAAAUAGAUGGCUAUUUAUUUACAUAAUACUGUAAAUCAGGCAGCAGAUAUAUAGCAGAUAUCUGAGGUACUCGGGCCUAAGUGUCACGGUCCUGGCUCAGUGUUUUUAGUUUCACUGUAUUUUGUUAUUCAUUUAUGUUCUAGUUUAGCUUAUCUAGUUAAUUUCUAUUAUGCUAGGUUGCUGUUAUUGUUCAUUGUUUAGUAGAUUCCCCUUGUUUUCUGACACCUUCGUUUUAGUCCUUCAUGUUGUCAUGUCUGCGUCUCGUCAUGUUUUCUGUUUAUUUUGAAAAUCUCAUUUCCAUGUCCGUUGUAUUUAGGUUUACAUUUUCCUGUGGCAUCAUUAUGUUUAUUCUUGUCAGCUGUUUCCUCACGUGUCUCCACUUCCCCUCAUCACCUCAUGUGCAUAUUUAAGUCUUUUGUCUCUUACUGUUCAUUGUCAGCUCGUCUGCCUAUGUUCCCCCAUGUUAGUCUUAGUCAAACUUAUAGUCUUAGCUGUCGAGUUGAGUUUUUUCUUUAUUUAUGUUCAUGUAGUCCUCCUCUCGCUUUUGAUUCUUGUAUCAGCCCAAAUAAAGGCUCGCCUUUUGUUUAACUUUAGUUCAGUUCUCUCACGUCCGCUUUUUGGGUCCAUACCUUAAACACACCGGCUGCCCAGCCGUGACACUAACGUUGUGCUGGUAUCUUCUGAUCUCUGCUUGGAAAAUGUACCGAACAGAAAUUGACUUACUGCCAACAGACAUACUCGUACAAUGUGAAACUACCAUAGCUUCGAUGCAUCUUCCAUCUUUUGCUUUAUGUAUUAAAUUAGCUCUGUGCUUCACUGAGAUGGAGUAUGAUACAUUCCUCAUCCCACUGGCAGUAAGUUUCUAUAUCACCUAGUUUAUUGCUGUUCAUAUUUUUACUCAAACUAUUAUUCCUCUUGCUCCUUAUGGGGCAGUAUCCUUUCUCAAAUAUAUGACGGUAUUUUGUAUUUUACGACCAUUAAAAAAAAAAAAAUGCUGAAUGGAGGUGACGAACAAUCUCCACUAUUGUUACUGUGGGUUCUGAGCAAAUCUUUAUCAAAUGUGCUAUUCUUGUACUCAACUGUGUUCUAACUAUUUCAAAUUUCUAUUUUAAAAUUGUUGAUACUCUUGCUGUAAAGUCUGCUUUUCAUACAUGUGUCCAAGAGCCAGAGGUUCUGUCACUUUGUUUUUAGUGCUGUCAUUGUAAUGUACAGUAAAUGGUGUACAAUUUACUGUGGUGGUACACAGUCCUUUGUUCAUGAAAAAAAAUAAAUAAAAUGAC